AUGCUAUCGCUAUACAUGGGAAUAUUCGCAUUUGCGAUACUCGUCAUAGCUUCUCCCAUUGAGCCGCUGUCAAGGCUGGAUAACCUCUCCCUGCGGGAUCCCUUACCUUACGAACCAAGGCUUGGGCUGUCAAAACCCUUACUCCUCUCCCAUUCUCAGGUUCUGGGACUGACGCUAUCGACGCCCCAGACCUAUCGUGUGACAGAUCCCCCGAAGGGUUUUGAAUUAUUUGCCCAGACAGAAUGUUCCGUAAAACAUUUUCUUCCCGGGCCGACUGAUCUCAACGUGAAGGAAUGUUGCAAAGAUGUCGGAUGUGCAGAGGUUGCAUCAUCAAAAGUUGUCCGAUUACGGUGCAAAGACUUGGAUCUGAGUAAGUUUGGGAGAACGGGGCGUCAGCAGUUCUGUAUGAGGGAAGGGUAUCAGGUUUGA